AUGCACAAUCUCCAGAGUAAAAAGCAGGCAUUCGAGGUUGAGCAUGCAAAGCCGUUCACACUGCAUUGCUCAUUACUCAUGCUUGUCCUACUGUACUCGUUUCUCGGUGGUUUUGUUUUCGACCGGAUUGAAACUGAUGCACACGCCGAGAUGAAGCGAAAUGAGAGAACAAAUCGAACAUCGUGUGUUUCUCAAAUCCUACAUUCCGUACACAGAUGGAGCAGAAACUAUACUCAUCAAGAGCAGUUAGCGGAACAAAUUGCAGAUUGCUUCGAGCCAGAAAAAGACGAACGAAGCGAAUGGAAUUUUGUCACCGCCACCUUGUAUGGUUUCGGUAUUGUGACAACUUUAGGGUAUAACAGAAUUGCACCGAUAACCUAUACGGGACGAAUGUUUUGCAUUGUAUACGGUAUUUGCGGAAUACCAGUGACAAUGAUCAUAAUUGCUAAUGUGGGCCAGUACCUGAACAAUUUCGCUGGAGACUCUAGACGGAAGAUUGAAGCCUACCGACAGCAGAGAAGAAUGUCGAAAGCGUCACUAGCCGGGAAAGUUUAUAAGGAGUCUUCAAUUCAAGUCACAUCACUGGCAUUGUUAUGCGUUUUUCUAGCCUAUGUAGGCGUUGGCGCUCUACUGCUACCAUUGUUAAAUGGAGAAUUAGACUUUUUCAACGGUCUUUAUUUCAACUUUCUUUGCCUAACAGCGAUAGAUUUCGGACAACUUGUACCGAUACGGGUCGAACUACUGCCUAUCACAUUUUUGUAUGUGUGCAUUGGUCUGGCAAUUACAACCAUUGCAAUUAGUAAGAGGAAAUUUUUCAAAGGCGAUUUUCUAUUUUUCAUUUUAGACAUUGGCUCGGAGUAUAUGAAGAAGCUUCACUAUUGGGGAAAGAAGAUGAAAAAUGCGGCGCAGACGAGAAUCUGGUUCGGAGGAAAAACUUUGAAAGUAAGAGAUUUGCUCCACGCGGUUGGUAAAAAAUGUGGUGUAGAACCUGGUAUGAUUGAUGCGCUAGACUUGGAGAACGUUGUGGAGAGAACUAUUGCAAUUCAGGAAGGCCGUGAACCUCCAGAAGAUCUGAACGACGAGCCUCGUGAACCCUCGCCACGCUCUAUCAUCCACUCUCCAUGCUCAACACGACCAUCCAACCCUCCAAUGAGCCCACCAUCACCACGUGAAGACCACCCGUUUAUAUUCAAAAUGGAUACUCCUGCACCACGAAGCCCAUUGCCGCUACCCAGUUAUGAGUUGGAUAUCAAAAAGCCAAUUUUUCAAGCGCUCUCCAACGAGUUCAUGAACCAAUCGGCGCAAGAGAAACUGUUUGAUGAUCUCGACACGUUUCAUGUGGAAUUGAAUACUGAAUUGGUUGAAGAUAACAAAUGCGAGAGUGUGAUCAUCAUUGAACCACCGGCCACAUUUGAAGACAUGACCGUGCAAAGUAGUCUAAACGUUGAAGACUAUGAAAAAGAGGAGAAAGCUCCGAAACGGUUCCGAGAGAAGAAGGAAAUGUAUGGUCGUGAUCCGCGUAAACUCUAUGAAACGUAUCAAGAGGAAUGGGAUAGACUGGAACGCCUAUCGGACAGGAAACAUGGCCCCAGGAGAAAAUCGGUAUUGAAUCUUGCCACUUGUUCUCCAGAGCGCAGUGUAUCACCAUCCCCUAUUAGACAUUCCUUGACAGGAGAGGAUAAUAGGAGGAAUUCCUAA